UCUCCUCCGAUUUCUGAUCUGGAGUUUGCGUUCCGAAUAACCUCUUAGCCACCUCCCAUCGCUUAAAAACAAAGUUCCUACGAAUCGAGACACGAAGCAACGAUCAAACUUUUCUCAAUCCUAGCAAGAAUACAAGGAAGUUAACUCGAAGAACAACGAUUUCCGUGAAGCCUGUUCCGUCAACGAGCCUGUCAAGGAUGCUCCAUUGACAGGGACACACUAGAGACUAGAAAAUAUUCGUUAAAAGAGGGAUCACGAUCGGAAAAUGUCGUUUUGAGUCGAUAAGAUUAUCGACAAAGACGCAAAGAUGCCGCAGCGAUCGCCGUUCGCGAUCCAAGAGCUGCUGGGGCUGAACGGUACCGGAAACGGAAGCGGUACCGAUCGCGGCUCGCCCCAAGGAUCACCGCCAGCCGGCGUCUCCGCCGUUUCUUACGCGCCCGCGGCGCCUCAUCACAAACUAUGGGACUACAUGCCCAGCCUCACCAAUCAUUUGGGCAAUCUGGGCAAUCUUGGGAAUCUGGGCAACCUGACCGCCUCGCGGAUGGCUUACCUGAAUGCCCCGGCCCACCACGUACCGCAUCAUCAGGUACAUCAACCGGGACAACUUCCGGCCUCACCGGCCGGCGUCAACGUGCAUCCGGCUGCUCACGCGCAGCAUGUACUUCCGGGAACCGCAAUCACCGCGAAUCAUCAUCAGCACAGUCCGAAUCAGCACACGCCACCCCAUGGAUACUCUCAAUCGAAGAGUUCGUUUCCGAACGCCAGUCCAGGUGUGGGUCACAACAUAGAAUCAGGAAAAGACUUCACGGUCGACGGUCUCUCCGGUUUCAGCAAAAAGAAGAAAAAGAAGCGCCGUCAUAGGACGAUCUUCACGUCACAGCAGCUGGAGGAGCUGGAAGCAGCGUUCAAGGAAGCCCAUUAUCCUGACGUGUAUGCCCGCGAGAUGCUCAGCCUUCGAACCGAUCUGCCCGAGGACAGGAUACAGGUGUGGUUCCAAAACCGGAGAGCAAAAUGGCGCAAAACGGAGAAGUGUUGGGGCAGAAGUACCAUAAUGGCGGAGUACGGGUUAUACGGAGCGAUGGUGCGACACUCGCUGCCGCUUCCGGAGACGAUCCUGAAGAGUGCCAAGGAGAACGAGUCGGUCGCGCCGUGGUUGUUAGGGAUGCAUCGGAAGUCAAUCGAAGCGGCGGAACAUCUCAAGUCCGGCGGCGAGGAUAGCGGAAACGAUCACAACGGAAGCGGAAGCAGUCCCCAUCACAAUCAUCAUCAAGGUGGACCGACCAGUUCCGAGAGCGGCCAAGAAAGCCAGGACGGCAUGGGACCAUCUUCUUCGACAGGAAUGGUACAAGACACAGAGCAGUUGAGAAACGAGAGCAUCGCCUGUUUGAGGGCGAAAGCCCAGCAACACCAGCUACAACUGAGCCUACAACCGACGCCAGCGCCUACCAGCACCUCGUAUCCAGCAGGACCCCCGUCGAGCACGCUUCACGCUUCCGUUUAAUCAUCGUUCGAAACAUUCAUCCAAUUAAACAGCGUCCAUCUUCACGGACAAGCCGAUACCGAUCUUCCGACACGUAGUCACGAACAUUGGUAUCGCGAUCGAGUUUUAGACGCGAUAAACCUUUGACAGAGGUCACUCAACGAACACGGAAAGAAAUUCUUCAGAAGAAGGUUUUCGACGAAUCAGGGUAAACGAAUGAUCCAUUACGGGAUGUACGAAUUAUACAGAAAAGGAAACACAACGAAUCGUUCGGUUUCGAGCGAAUCUGGCUGCAUCAUCGAUGUCGCACAGGGCCUACGUAAUUCUCGGUUCCUUCGAGAAUCGAUAGCCGAAGGGAGAACACAACGAGAAUGAUUUCGGUCCUCAUCAACGAAACGGUGGCCUAUGGACGGCCAGUACAAUGACGAAUCAUCGAUCGCGGAUAAAGCUCGCUUCCAACGCGUCCAUCGCUCGACCUCGAAACGAGGACCUCGAAGACAAUUACUCGUGAAAGAGCAGGUGAUUCGCGACGUGGAAGACGAACAACUAAUUAGAAGUUAGAACCGCUUUAAAUAGUGCGAGUAUAAAUAAAUAUGUAUAUGUGUGAGGGAGAGCCUGCGUGCGUGUGUGAGCCUUGUGUAAUCGUGAAACGAACAUUUCGCCUUUAGGAGAACUCCAAACGAUUUGCAACGAACGAUUAAAUAACGAGUGAGACGUUAACGAAUUAAUAGCCAGCAGACACAUCGAACCUUGAGAGACGCUUGAGGAGCCGAAAAUUCAUAAAUCAUCUUACGUGAGAAUGAGCGAAUGCGUGCGAGUUUCGGGAAGGUGAGCGUGACAAUGUUUAUUAGCGAACAAUUCCUAUACCCAAGUACUUAAAGAAGACGUAACUGUUGUCAAAUGUGCAAUAUGUCGGUAUAAGUUCUAGCUCCGUAAGGCAUUAUACUUUAUUUACGGAUACGACGUGAGGUGGUGGUGGCAGGGUAAUGGUGCCCACGGACACGAAACGGUGAUUGAUCCUAGGAUGCAAGUGAGAUAUUUAGUUCGUUGUUUUUGGCAAGGAAAAUUCAGCGAAUUAUUCUAAAUAUUAAAGCGAGACUGAGUGAUACAUUUUGCAGAGCACUUGCCGAUACAUUCUUCCACAGAAAGCAACGAAACCUUUUAUCAGGAUAUUUGAAGCCAAAAUAAGUUUAGUACCGUUUGAUCUAGAUAUCUACAGUUUCAUUCUUAUAUAACGAUACCUCGAUCAGAAUGAUGGCUUAGAAAGGUAAAAUAUGGUUUACUCUUUGCAUCCUAAGGUUAACUUAGAGUAUAAAGAGCACGUUACACGAAAAAUAACCACACGUAAUUUUUAUUCUUCC